AUGAAAUGUUUUUGUAUAUAGAAAUCCUUUAAAAUCCUCCCUAAUCCAAUUCGGGAGCUCCAAAAAAAUCCUCCUCAAUCCAAAUCGGGGACAUCCCUGAUUUUGAAUUGUGAGGCUCAAAGUGUUUAACCUGCACCAUCUGCAGUGUAUAGUAGACAGUAGUAAUGAGCAAGAAAGACAGAGCGAAGGAGAGAAGGGAGAAGAGACGCCAAGAGUUAUGCCAUCUUCGAUCCAUUCCCUAUUCAGAUCACGAAAGAUGGUGGACGCCAGACACAAUUGCAGUUGUGACAGGUGGAAAUAGAGGAAUUGGAUUUGAGAUCACCCGUCAGCUAGGGACACAUGGGUUGACAGUCAUUCUUACUUCGAGGGACACAUCAUUAGGUGCAGAAGCAGCAAAAGCCUUGCAAGAAGAGGGGUUGAAAGUGGCAUUCUGCCAACUAGAUAUUGUGGAUCCUUCAUCAAUAGAGUCAUUUUCUUCUUUGUUAAAACAUCAUUAUGGCGGUUUAGAUAUACUGGUAAACAAUGCUGGAGUCAAUUUCAAUGUUGGCUCAGAAAACUCGGUGGAACACGCUGAAACAGUUAUCAAGACCAACUAUUAUGGAACCAAAAAUAUGAUGAAAGCUUUAACUCCAUUGGUAAGGCAUUCAAGUUCUAGCGGCAGUCGGAUUGUUAACGUGAGCUCACGGUUAGGAAGACUAAACGGCAGACGAAAUAGAAUUGGAAAUGCUGACUUGAGACAUAAACUGGAGGACAUAGAAACCCUAUCAGAGGAAUUGAUUGAUCAGACUUUGAACACAUUUUUAGAACAAGUAAAAGACGGAACUUGGGAAGCUGGCGGAUGGCCUCAGAAUUAUACAGACUACUCUUUGUCUAAACUUGGAGUUAAUGCUUUUACGAGGGUAAUGGCGCGAGAACUUGAAGGUUGUGCUGAGAAAAAGAUAUAUGUGAAUUGCUGUUGUCCGGGUUGGGUGAAGACCGGAAUGACCGGUUGGGCGGGGAAUAUAUCUCCAGAAGAAGCGGCUGAUACUGCAGUAUGGUUAGCAUUGCACCACCCCCACCUCUCUGCUAGCGGCAAGUUUUUCGCUGAGAGGAGAGAGAUAAAUUUCUGAGGGUUUGAAAGGUUUGAUCAAGACAUGAUGGAGGGAGUGUCUUGUGAUCUAUGUAUUUGUGGUUUUACUUUGACAUUGAUGCUUUGUGUAGGUUAAUUUUAUGGAGCAUCUACGAAUUCUCUUAUAUAGAACCUUGGCAUCACCAUCAUCGCUGCAUACUCUCUGAAAAUGAAAGUCAUGGCUGAUGGUUGUGUCAGGAAAACCUUUAUGAUUCCAUCAGAGUCAUAUGGUGCUAUACAAUACGGAGUAAUAUACUUGGAUCGUAAUCUGACUACCUGACUAGUUGAGCAUGAUGACUCUAAUCGGUUUGCCAAUACUUG